AGAGGCACACAUUCAGUGCAGAAAGUGAGUGAAGUGAAAGGAUAUAUCCAUACAGACUCUGCAACUUGCAUAAGGAUUAUCGAAAAGAAACUGAAACAACCAAUUUGGAUUAAUUUUAUUUAAAUCACAAAAGAGAUCUCCACUAUGAGAAUAAGAGCAAGCCUGUUGGCAGUUGUCCUGCUGGCCACCGCCUCCCUGGCCGAGGAUUCGAGCUGGGGCAACGAAUGGGCGCCCAUGGAGGAUGCCAAGCCCAGCCGCCGAUCGGUGGACACCAAGCCCGCCGACACAGCCGACAUCCAAGGACGUUACCUGGUCCACGAGUCCAUCCAGAGCAACAGCACUAGCAGCCAGAUCGAUGAGGUCAUCGAGCAGCUCAUCAACUCCCGACGUGAGGGACGCAAUCUUGGCGAGUACGACGCCGUCUAUGCCGAUGGCAACAUCGAUCAGGCUCUGCAGCAGGGAAAUGAUCUGCAAGCCCGCAACCUCAUCCGGGACAAGCUCUGCGGUCUGGGUCUGAUGAGCUGCGAUGUGGAGGAGAAGCGUCCCUUCUACUCCACCAUCUAUGCCCAGGGUCCGCCGCCGCCAUCUGGUUUCGGAGGAGGUCCUUAUGGCCCUGCCAAGCCCAUGCCCCCACCAAGUUACUUCAGCGGUCGCCCGCCCAUGGGUGGUCCUCCUGGCCCCUUGAACUCCUUCGGACCUCCACCCAGCUCCCUGAACUCCUUUGGACCGCCCCGCAAGGUUGGCUAUGAGGGACCCUACAAGCCAAUGUCUGGACCUUACCGCCCCACCGGACCCGGUGGCUACCUGGAGCAUCCUCCACCGUCCGCCAUUGAUGGCAGCUCUGAUGGAAUCACCUACACAAAGCCACCACCCGGUGCUCUGAUCUACGACAGCAAGCCACCAGGACCGAUCUAUACUGGAGGUCCAUCGGUGGGUGCCGGACCCGUUUUCACUGGUGCUUCCAACGGAGUUCCUCCUUACAACUUUGAGAAUCCCGAGGGUGGCAUUCAGGGUGCCAGCUCCGCUCCCAAUGGCUUCUACUCCCAGCAGUCUUCCGCCUCCUCGUCGUCGGCCACUUCCUCCAGCACCAAGGUGGUGGUGGGAGCACCCCUCGAUGCCGGACUCCAGCAGCAUGUGCAUCACCACUACCACCACGUUGAGGGUGGCGAGGGAGCCAAGGUGCCCAGCGUGCCUAUUCCCAUCGGAGCUGGCCAGACCAUCAACACGGACUUCAGUGCCUUGGCCCAGUCCUCGGCCACCUACACGCCCUCGAUCCAGAGUUCUUCCGGAUCCAGCUACUCCCAGUCGAACGCCUUCAACGCCGGAUUCAAUGGUGCCUCUCAGGGCGGACUUCUCUCGCAGAACGGCUUCGGCCAGAAACCCAGUGAUCUGUACAAGCCCAACUCCGGGGAUCUCUACAAGCCGAACUCUGGUGAUCUGUACAAACCAAACUCUGGCCUGGGCAGCUUCGGCAGCAGCGGAUCGGGCGGCUUCAGUGGAUCGCCCAGCUCCAGCUACCACAGCCAAAACCCGGAUUACUACAAGAAGGAGUUGCAGGGUGGAGCUUCCAACCAGUACAAUGGCAUCUCCGGUGGCUACCAGGGACAAGGACAAUACCAGGGAGGCUAUGACACCUCUCGCCAGCAGAUCGUGGACUGCCAGUGUGUGCCCAUCUCUCAGUGCCCAGCCGCUGAUCGUAUUGGACGCAAGGACGACCUCAUUCUGGCCAUUGAUCCCCGUAACCUGGGCAAGGACAUCGAGGCUGUGAGCGAUGAUGUUGCUGCCAGCACCAAUGCCACUGCUCCUGCUGAUGGAAAGAAGGCGGAGGAGAAGUCGGACAAGGAUGACAAGAAGCGUUCUCGCCGCCAGGCCAAUGGUGAACAGAAGGACGACGAUGCCAGCGAUCUGUCGCUCGAUGCCCAAGGGCGCGCUUACUAUGGCAACCGUCCCGUUGAGAAGACCUGUCGCAUCAACGAAGUCUGCUGCCGUCGUCCCCUCCGUCCUCAGGCUCCUCCUCAGCAGCAGCUGGGUCGUUGUGGCGUAAGGAACGCCGCCGGCAUCACUGGUCGCAUUAAGAAUCCCGUGUACGUCGAUGGAGACAGUGAGUUCGGCGAGUACCCUUGGCAUGUGGCUAUCCUGAAGAAGGACCCCAAGGAAUCGAUCUACGCCUGCGGCGGUACCCUCAUCGAUGCCCAGCACAUCAUCUCGGCGGCUCAUUGCAUUAAGUCUCAAAAUGGCUUCGAUCUUCGUGUGCGUCUGGGAGAAUGGGAUGUCAACCACGAUGUGGAAUUCUUCCCCUACAUUGAACGCGAUGUGGUCUCUGUGCACAUCCAUCCCGAGUACUAUGCCGGCACCUUGGACAACGAUCUGGCCAUCCUGAAGCUGGACCAGCCCGUGGACUUCACCAAGAACCCACACAUCAGCCCCGCCUGUCUGCCUGAUAAGUACUCCGACUUCACUGGCGCUCGUUGCUGGACCACCGGUUGGGGCAAGGAUGCCUUUGGCGAGCACGGAAAGUACCAGAACAUCCUCAAGGAGGUGGAUGUGCCAAUCCUGUCGCAUCACCAGUGCGAGGCCCAGCUGAGGAACACCCGUCUGGGUUACAGCUACAAGCUGAAUCCCGGCUUUGUUUGCGCCGGCGGUGAGGAGGGCAAGGAUGCCUGCAAGGGUGAUGGCGGCGGUCCUCUGGUCUGCGAGAGGAACGGCGUCUGGAAUGUGGUGGGCGUGGUGUCCUGGGGCAUUGGAUGCGGCCAGGUUAACGUGCCCGGUGUCUACGUGAAGGUAUCGGCUUACCUGCCCUGGAUCCAGCAGAUUACCCAGAGCUACCAAUGAUUAACGGAGCAGCAGGAGGAACAGGAGAGGCGGCCAGUGGUAACUGCAUAUCAUGCUGCAGACACUAUUGAAGCAUUGCCGAAUGAUGCCGCCUCCGAUGAGUUCGUUUUCCACUUCUGACCGAAGCCAUCGCUCAACCCCAUACACACUUGUGCAACUCUCGAAUCGCCUCGAUUGAAUUGCAUUCGUCAUCGUAUUUAUCAUCGCCGUCACUUGUAUUUAUUACGAAUGUUUUUCUUUGAUUACCCGUUAUGCUACCUACCUUGUUAUACACUUUUAUAUAUUACGCGCCCUCACUUCACUUCACCUCGGUUGUUGCCCACUCAUUAGCAACCCACGAUUGUUACUUACUUUAAUUGGCGCCGGAGACGCACAAGCUCUUGUCCCGACGCCC